AUGUCGAAGAACACACUGUACCAGUUGCUUUCCCUCCCCACCUCGAUCGUUCCCUCGCACCACCACGACGAUGCACUCGAAGCUAUUUCCUCCACAAUCGGUGUUGAUGGCUCGGUCUCUUCUUUUCCAAUUCCUGAAUUCAAGAUCGGUACAUUAGAUGCCUUGGUGCAGCAGGCCGAGGAGCUGGCCAAGUUGGAGGGCAUAUGCCAGGCUGUCGUGGGGAAGGUCGGGGAAGCGCUGAAGGGCGUUCUGGGGAAUGACGAGGAGCAGAUUCAGAGGAUGAAGACGGUUAAUGAUAAACCCGUCGACCAGUAUCUACGCACAUUUCAGUGGAACAAGGUCAAGUACCGAGCCGACAGGUCGAUUGGCGAAUUAAUUGAUCUCUUGAAAAAGGAAGCUGCUAGCAUUGAUAGCGACAUUCGAAGCAAAUAUUCCCAGUAUAAUCAAGUCAAGAAUACUCUAGCGACAUUACAGCGCAAACAGACCGGAAACCUGGCGUCGAGAUCUCUGGCCUCAAUCGUCGACCCCCAGAAACUGGUUCACGACUCGGAAUAUCUAGAAACACACCUCAUCGCUGUCCCAUCUCAACAGGUCAAAGACUUUCUGAAGCAAUACGAAACGAUAUCCCCCAUGGUGGUGCCGCGGUCUGCAAAUCUGGUCGCCGAAGACGACGAAUUCAGCCUGUACGCCGUUACGACGUUCAAAAAAUACAGCGCAGAAUUCACCCAUAAAGCUAGGGAGAACAAGUGGAUACCUCGCGACUUCAAAUACACCGAGACUGGUCGGGAAGAAGAAGCAAAGGAAGUUGAACGAGUGGGUGGUGACGAGCGCAAACUAUGGGGCGAGACAAUUCGACUCGGCCGGACUAGCUGGAGUGAAGCGGUCAUGGUUUGGAUUCAUGUGCUAGUUCUGCGGGUCUUUGUUGAGACUGUGCUUCGAUAUGGAUUGCCUCUGGAUUUCGUCUCUUCUAUUGUUCGGACAACAUCGAAAGGUGCCGAAAGAGCAAAGAAAAAUCUGGACAAUAAAUACAAUUAUCUCGCCGGAAAUGCCUUUGGUCGCGACAAGAAAGGCCGAGUCAAGAAGGACGACCCGAAUGAGAUGCAGGUAGCUGGUGAAGGAGGCGGAGCUGAUUAUACGGCGUACGUGUAUUAUGAGUUCGAGUUUGAAUGA